GACCCUGCUCCAGGGAAAGGACCGAACUUGUGUGCGAGGCCGAGUCGGUACAAAGGGGGGGCAAAACUUUCGGGAGGAUGACAGCGGAGAACCAGGACGUGCUGCUGGAAGUGGAGGAGGAGGAGGAAGAAGAAGAGGAUGGGGAGGUUGUCUUGGAAGAACUGGCACAGACUAUUGUUCCCAGCUAUGGAACAGCACCCGACCAGCAAAAGCUUCAUACUUCAGAGUGGGCAGAGUUUGAUCAAAAACCUGAUUCCUUGUUCUUUAACGAUGGCCAGCGAAGAAUUGACUUUGUUUUGGUGUAUGAAGAUGAGAGCAAAAAUGAGAAUCGCAAGAAGAGUGUGAAUAAAAAGCAAAUGAGGAAGAGGCAAGCAUAUGAGUCUAAUCUGAUAAGCAAUGGCUUGCAACUUGAAGCAACAAGAUCGGUCUUAGAUGAAAAGCUUAUUUUUGUAAAAGUGCACGCGCCUUGGGAAGUGCUAUGCACAUAUGCCGAGGUUAUGCACAUCAAAUUGCCUCUGCAGCCCAAUGACCUGAAAACCCGAGAUUCAGCUUUCAACUGGUUUAGUAGACUCUUCCGAGUCGAUGAAAAUAUCAUCAAACCAGAGCAAGAGUUUUUCACUGCCCCAUUUGAAAAGGCUCGUUUGUCUGAUUUUUACAUUCAAGACAAAGACAUCUUCUUCAACCCUGCAACCAGAAGCCGAAUUGUUCAUUUUAUUCUUUCCCGUGUGGAAUAUGCAGUAAAAGACAAUGUGAAAAAGUUUGGUAUUAACAAACUCCUGGACUCUGGGAUCUACAAGGCAGCAUUUCCUCUUCACGAUUCUAGAUUCAAUCGCCAGUUAGAGGACCCCAACUGCCCUAGUGAACGGUAUCUUCUUUACAAGGAAUGGGCUCACCCCCGAAGUUUUUACAAACUGCAACCAUUGGAUCUUGUCAGGAAAUAUUAUGGAGAGAAAAUUGGAAUAUAUUUUGCUUGGCUUGGUUUUUACACUCAAAUGCUGAUCGUGGCAGCAAUAGUAGGACUUGCCUGUUUUUUGUAUGGAUACAUAACAAAGGACAACUGCACAUGGAGCCAAGAAGUGUGUGAUCCCAACAUUGGCGGCAAUAUCAUAAUGUGCCCGCAGUGUGAUCAGGAAUGUACAUACUGGAACCUCACUAUCACCUGUGAAUCCUCUAAGAAACUGUGUAUAUUCGAUAGCUUUGGAACACUAGUAUUUGCAGUAUUUAUGGGAAUAUGGGUUACUUUGUUUCUGGAGUUUUGGAAGCGACGUCAGGCUGAACUGGAAUAUGAAUGGGACACUGUUGAAUUUUUAGAGCAGGAAGAAUAUAUACGUCCAGAAUACGAAGCACGAUGCACUCAUGUAGUAACAAAUGAAAUCACACAGCAAGAAGAGCACGUGCCAUACACUGCCUUUGGAAAGUGUGUACGGAUGACCUUCGGUAUAAGUGCAGUCUUAUUCUGGAUUCUUUUGAUCGUUGCUUCAGUUAUUGGCAUCAUCGUCUACAGACUCUCAGUUUUCCUUGUGUUUUCUGCAAACCUGCCACGGCACAUUAAUGGAACAGAAGCAAUUCAGAAGUACCUGACUCCCCAGGCAGCCACUUCAGUAACUGCUUCAAUCAUCAGUUUUAUAAUCAUCAUGAUUCUGAACAUCAUCUAUGAAAAAGUGGCAAUCAUGAUUACUGACUUUGAACUACCAAGGACGCAGACUGAUUAUGAAAACAGUCUGACCAUGAAGAUGUUCUUAUUCCAGUUUGUCAACUAUUAUUCUUCAUGUUUCUACAUUGCAUUCUUUAAGGGUAAAUUUGUAGGAUUCCCUGGAGACCCAGUUUAUUGGUUAGGAAAAUACAGAAAUGAAGAGUGUGAUCCAGGCGGAUGUCUCCUUGAACUUACAACACAGCUAACAAUAAUAAUGGGAGGUAAAGCAAUUUGGAAUAACAUUCAAGAAGUGCUUCUUCCCUGGGUUAAGAAUCUAAUUGGAAGAUGUUGCUCAGCUGCCAGAUCAGAAAAGACUAUUCCCCGCUGGGAGCAGGACUACCAUCUGCAACCCAUUGGAAAACUUGGAUUGUUUUAUGAGUAUCUGGAAAUGGUUAUACAGUUUGGAUUUGUCACUUUAUUUGUGGCAUCAUUCCCGCUGGCUCCUCUUCUGGCUCUUGUUAAUAAUUUGUUGGAAAUACGAGUUGACGCCUGGAAGAUUACAACCCAGUUCAGACGCAUGGUGCCACAGAAAGCACAAGAUAUAGGAGCAUGGCAGCCAAUCAUGCAAGGAAUAGCAAUUCUGGCAGUAGUGACCAAUGCAAUGAUAAUUGCUUUUACAUCUGACAUGAUUCCUCGUUUGGUUUAUUACUGGUCCUUUUCAGUCCCUCCCUAUGGGGAUCACAGCAGUUACACCAUGAAGGGGUAUAUCAACAAUACGCUUUCUGUCUUCGAUAUAUUGGACUUCAAAAAUGAAAGCAAACCAAUUCCACUUCCUGGGCUUGGCAACCAAACAACAUGUAGAUAUCGUGACUUCCGAUACCCUCCUGGGCACCAACAUCAGUAUGAACACAACAUAUAUUACUGGCAUGUGAUUGCAGCCAAGUUGUCUUUCAUCAUUGUCAUGGAGCAUGUCAUAUACUGUGUGAAGUUUAUUGUUUCAUACGUAAUUCCGGAUGUAUCACAAAAGACGAAGAGCAAGAUCAAACGAGAGAAAUACUUAACACAGACACUCCUGCAUGAGAAUCAUCUCAAAGUUAUGAAAAAAAAUAUGGGGAAAAUAGCUGACAGAAUCUGGAAAGGAGCAGACGGCACUUUCCGACCUAAAUUUGACUAA